UUACCGGCGACGUUUUAGCGGGCCACCUUAUAAUCGAUCUAGCAACAAAGGUGACCUUUUCGGCCGCUCGUCGAGUUUCUAUCGCGAUCGCUGCAAUCCCUCGUUGCUGGUGGCGGCGUGUUCGCAGAAGCUGCGCAUUCACGCAUAAUCUUUAAAUUCCGCUACCAAAAGGACCGUCAAGAUGAUCGCGCGACUGGUUUCCCAAAGGGCGCUGCAGUGUGUCAUGAGACAGUCCCGAAGCGGCGUGCGAUCGUACCACCCCCCUACCGAGUUCAAGCAGGUGACCAUGGCUGACAUGCCCACCUUCAUCGGGCCAUGGGAGGAGAACUUUAACAAAAGACAGGCCCAGUUCAACAUUCACCUGGCCGUCGGCGUCACCUUCUUCGUCGUUAGCUUCAUUGCUGCGGCAUCCAUGGGUACUUUGGACUAUGUCGACGCCCCACCUAUGAAGAACUAGAUUGCCUAAGCAAAUGUAACUUCUUGUGGGUGCAAGUAAUAAAAUUUGAAUUGUAACAAGUGAACAUAA